AGCCUAAAAGAAAACUUGUGUGCUGCUGCUGCAAAAAAAAAAAAAAAUAGCCGAAACGCAUAAAAAAAACAUCGUUCGCGCAACUCAUAAAAACGUGAAAUGGAUGCCAACACAGCGCCAGAAUCGGAGAAGGCGGGCAAAGAAAAUGCCGCCGAUAAGGUAAGCAGCGAAUCAGCGAAGGCGCAAGAAAGUGCAGCGGAAACAACUGCAGUGGACAGUGGGGUGGUGACAAAGGCUGGUGAGAAAGAGGGGGAUGCAGCAUCGCCACCCGCAACUGAUGACGUCGCUGAUAAAAAGGCUGUUGGCGACUCAGGAGGAGCUGCGACCGCGCCAACAUUGGAUGCAGAUGAUAAGGAGUCGAACACAACGGCUGGAUCGCCAGCGUCGCCAUUAGCAAAGAAAGUAAAAAAUAAUAGCGCCAAGAAACCAGCUGCCAAGUCCGAAGAUGACGACGACGCAGAUGAUGCGGAUGAUCUGGAAGAGGACGAAGAAGAUCAGGUUGACGAUGACAAAGAUACUGCUAGUGGUGAUGAGGACAAGAAAUCAACAGAUAAACCAGACAAGAAAAAGAAUGAUGCUACAGAUGGUGCCAAGUCCUCCAAGACUACAACAGGAGCAGGAGCUGACAAGUCAGCAGCUGCUAAAAAUUCAAAGGCCAAAAACGGCAAGGUGGAUAACUCCGAUAAUGAAAAGGAGGAAGACGAUGCGGACGAAGAAAACGAUGGUCUCGAUGAGAACAACGAAGUGGCCGAGGAUGAUGAGAAUGUGGUUGCUUUGGCCGAAAUUGAUCGCAUCAAUGAGAACAUCAACAAGACACGUGUCGAUGGUCUUCAGACUCUACAUGCUCUUUGCUUUGGUGCCCAGGGCAAGAACAAUGUGGUGAAAAAGAACCUGCGUUCCUUUGCUGGCUUUGAGUUUGCCAAGGAUUCAUCGGAAUACAAAAAGAAAUAUGACUCCAUUAAGAAGGUGGACAACAAAACACUGCGCAGCAUCUGUGAAAUUCUCACGCUAGACCGAAAGGGCAGCAAGGAUGAAGUUACGGCACGUGUGCUCAAAUUUUUAAUGGAGCCCGAUGAAUCGCUCUGUAUGGAACAGGGCGAUGACGAAGAGGAGGUGGAUGAUGAAGAUCUGGAUGAGGAUGAGGAGGCCGCCAGUGAAGAGGAUAAGAAACGAAAGAGCAGCAAGUCAAGCGCACCAGCCGGUAGAGGUUCCGCUCGCAAUUCUAGCGGACGCCCCAAACGCGCAACAGCGGGCAAAAAAAUGUCUGCUUAUGUAGAUUUAUCAAGCUCCGAGGAAAGCGAGCAGAAAGUCACAGUGGCUAAACGAAGACGAAAUGAUGAUUCUGAGUCUGGCUCUGAUUAUAAUCCAUCGGCUAAUUCAGACUCCGAUGCUGGACGCGGUGGCGGUGGUGGCUCUGGAGUAGGACGUAAAGCAUCAGCACGUGCCAGUCGUGGGCGACCGGCGCGCAAGAGUCGUCGAAGAAAUUCUGAUUCGGAGGAAGAGGAGGAAUCAGAUAUCUCCGAUGCAGAUAGUGAUGUUCCCAAGCGCAAACGUGGUGCUGCUGCUAAACGUGGCAGAUCCGCUGCAACUACGCCUAGCAGACGAGGACGCGGUCGAGCUUCUUCUGCGCGAAAGCGCAAGGAUUCCGAGAGUGAGGAGGAAGAGGUAUCUGAGGACGAAGAAGAGGAAGAGCUGUCCGAGUUUGGUAGCGAGCCAAGCGAAGAUGAACGUCCCAAAAAGAGUGCGAAGCCCACAACGCCUGCGAAAAAUAGUAAAGCUAACAACAAGUCAAAACCAGCUGGAAAGGCCGCUGGAAGACCGAAGAAAUCAAAGAAGGAAACGUCCGAUGAGGAAGACGCUGAUGACAAAGAUGAGUCAGAUGAAGACGAGCCAUUAACCAAAAAAGGCAAAGCGGCAUUCCCAACGGACGAACAAAUCCGUAGUUAUGUCAAAGAAAUUUUGGACAAGGCCAAUCUCGAAGAGAUCACAAUGAAAACAGUGUGCAAGCAAGUUUAUGCUAAAUACCCAGAUUUCGAUUUAACUGACAAAAAAGAUUUCAUUAAGGCUACAGUGAAAGCGUUAAUUGCCACAUAAAACCACACAAAUUUAGAGGCACUGGAGCCUAAGGAUGGGCCAGCAAGCAGCAGAACUUGUACCAAACACUAAAGAGAAAAGAAAUGAUAGAAAAACAAAAACAAGCCACUUUUUGAGAGCUGCUGCGACACCACAACAAAGAAACACCUCUAGUUUUCCUAUAAGCGUAUAAUUUGUACUCUUUAAAACUAACUAAUCUUUACCUUAAAUGGAUCAUGUCCUUUUUCUAUUGUGUAAUAAGAGACGGUUAUCCAUAUAUGCAUGUGAAUAUGUAUAUAUGUAAACGUAAUUUGUAAUCACUUAUAUUCAUUUUCUUUAUGAAUGCCUGCACACUCAGCGGCUCUACAAAAAGUGUGUAAAAAACCGAAAAGGAAAACCGGAAGACCACAAAAAGAAACAACAAACAUUGUAAAAAAAAAGAAAACAAAACAUAAGCAAAAACACACAAUUUAUACAUAAAAAUGUAGUGCUGAUCGAUUUGACGUUCAAAAUUAUGUAUUUUUAAAUUAAGAAGCGGAUAAAUAAAAAACAAAAUUUACGAAAAUUCACACACUGGCAGCAGUACAAAAAACGAAGCAUGGAAACUCCAAAGUUUAUAAUACAAAAUUGAUAUUGCACGCGAUUUCGGCUAAUGUAAAAAACUUAAGAUAUUUGGAUAGAUUUUGGGAGCGAAAUCAAGCCAAAGCAUUAGGAAUGAUACUUUUUAAAAUAUAUUAUUUCAAAAUGUCGGGCUUAAAAUUAAGAAUUCUUGGAACAAAAUUCAAAAUUGUUGUAAAAUAUUUACAUGUUUUUGUCUUUUUAUCCCAAUGAAUUGGGAAGCAAACCUAAAAGGUGUGAAGAGUUGAAUGGCCAGUUAACAAAAGUCAAGAUAAUGUUAUGAUAUUUACUUUCGUCUUACGUUCCAUUUCCUCAAUCGGUUAUAGUCUCUCUCUCUAUCUCUCUGUUAAGUAAAUCUCAAAAGCUUGGCCUAGAUAACAAUUGAAGACAGAACUAUAGCAGGUUUCUCAUGUAGAGCAGCAGUUUACACAAUUAGGACUUUCACACAUAGACCUACAAUGUAACACACAUAUUAAUUAUGAAAUAAACCACAACAAAAUAAAAAUAUACUGUGCAAGGAAUAUAUCAUUUGGAUAUUCAUACGAAACUAGAUGUAUGUAAAUUUUAAAUAAACAAUAUAUUGAACUAAAAAUACCAUACAAGAUCGAUUCAAAAUGUUUUGAACAAAACACAUAAAAUAAAUACAAACAUCUCAAUGUACGUUUUCUUUUAGUAGAGGAAAAAUUAAAAAAAAAUCCAAAUGGAAAUAUCAAAUGAUUAAACUCAAUCUAAACUCUUUGUUUCAUAUAGAUAUAUACAUAUGUCUAUAAAAUAAAAGCUUACGAGAAUCGUACAAGAACAAAGUCAAAUAGAAUUUAUUGAAUGCUCUCUUUAUAGAACAGAAAACUUAACUUAUCCGUAAAACCGAAUGCGUCCCAAAUAGGAUGCAUAGAUGUAUGUAAAGCGAUAUUUUGUUUUAUCUUUAAAUGUUUCACUAAGGAAAUAAAGACGAAUGAUGUAUGUAUAUCAAUAAUAUAUCGCGACAAAAUAAAAUUCAA